GAAAAUUAGAUAUGUUCCGUUUGCUUCCAUUCUUUUUCCUCAACACUCAAUUCAAUCAAUCCACUGCCCAGCGGAGUCAGCACUAUGGAAGAAGACGCAAUCUCAUCAUCAGCUUCAAAUGAAUCAAGCGAUGACCUAGUCAUCGAUGAACCAGUAAUUCCCAGCUGUUCGAUAUGUCUGAGGGAGAGUCCUCCAAGAAGAAAGGAGAAGGUUUAUGUCGGUUGUGGAGCUGGUUUUAGUGGUGAUCGGCCAUUGGCGGCGCUCAAGUUACUGGAGAGAGUCAAAGAGUUAGACUAUUUGGUACUAGAAUGCCUUGCCGAGCGCACACUUGCUGAUCGCUUCCACGCGAAAGCGUCGGGUGGACCGGGUUAUGAUCCUCGUAUUUCUGAGUGGAUGCAUUUACUAUUACCUUUGGCCUUGGAGAGAGGAGUUUGCAUAAUUACCAACUUGGGUGCGAAUGAUUCAUUUGGUGCUCGCAAAGAAGUUUUAAGAGUUGCAAGCAGACUGGGUAUUAGUAUUAGUGUUGGUGUGGCUAUGGAAUUUGCUCUGACAAGAUCAGGUUUGGAUCCUCACCUGAGAGAUGCUGACGGUGUAAGAAUUUGGUACCUCCUCAGUAUUAGUUUUGAGUUGUCUCCAUUGAUUUAUACUUCUGGACUCAUGCUUUAAGUUGCCAUGUCAUGUUGUUUUUGCCAAAUAUCUGUUGUGG